AAAAGACAUAGCACUAGAGUGGCAAUGGUAUUGUCCCAGGGACAAAUAAUAGUACAAUGUUCCAAUGCUUUUUUUUUUAAACAUUUAAAAGAAGUGUAAAAUGGCUAUGAUGGAAAUAAUAUACAGGUUGGUAGACAAACCACUUGAGAUUUUACUUUUUACUUUAGGUAUAUGUUUUAGUCAUUAGCCAUCUUUAAACUUUUAUUUCCACAUCUUAUUUUUCCCUUUUCUUCCUUACAGUGGUUCUUUCUGGGUUUCCUUUGGGGCAUUUGAUUUUGAAUCAAGUUCAUAUGUUUAGGGAGCCUAAAUAACAUUAAUGCAUUUGUACUGUGGUAUCACUGAGUUCCAUUGUAAAAGACAUUUUGAUGAUUAUUCACAUAUUAAAUCUUUUGAGUGGUUAACUUUCUGAAUGCUUGCAUCAUGCCAAAAUAAAAUGCACUUGUUGCCAUAGCAUUAAAAAAGUUUAGUGGAAUACAACAAGCAAUAUUUCCUAAUAUUCCUGAAAAUUUGGGAAGAGCUAUGAAAGGAGGAUUGGCUUUAGGCCAGUUGAAGUUUAUGAAAUUAAAAGAAUCAUAAGCUGUGUAAACAUGAUAAGCUUAUAGUUGUGUUUCUUAGUGCUUUGAGCCUCAUCCCAGUAUCGUUUUUCUGUAUCACUCAAGAAGGAAGCAUAAAAAAGCACUUUGCACCUACCACAUUCAUGAUCUGUGAAAUUUUUUAUCUACAGCAAAAAGCUGUCCAUCUUUGGAAUUAUUUUUCUUUAUUUCUUAUGAAUAGAAAUAAUUAUUUCUGGAAAAUUUAAGUGGGUGCUACAACUAGGCAUAAUCUGUUACAGAAAAGGAAGCGGCUAUGAUCCAGAGCAAACUCAAAACAUUUUUGUUUUAUUCUAUAUAGUGAAUGCAAAAAAAAAAAGAGAGAGACUUAAAACCCAGUUUUUAAAAGGGAGAGUUCCUCUUAGAUUAUGUUUAUUGCUUUAGGGUCAUAUGAAAAUAUUUUGAUACUGAAAUUCUAAUGAGAUUCACUUUCUUGGUAUAGAUGCUCUUCAGAAUUACUUUACAUUUAUAAAAAUGUGAAUACUAGUAGCUAUAAGAUCUGGGACAGAUCAACCAACCUGGUUCAGCUUCUUCAGUGUAUACAAGUAUAUAGCUGAGAGAACUGAGGCUAAAAGAUUAUCUUGCGUCUCUUCCUGCUAUGCCAUUCUAAAAAUGUAUAAAAUUAAAUUAAGUGGGUAAAUACAGCCCUCUAGUGGUUCUGUGAUGUGCUUACACUGUUAACUAUGGCACAUCUAGCAUUUCUCUAAAUUACUGAUUUUUAAGAAAUUCCCUAUUGAAAAGGAUCAGAUUUCUAUAAUAUUACAUGACAUAACGAACAUGAAGGGAAAAGGUGGUAGGGAUAUCUUAUUCUAACAGUAAAUGUCCAUAUCAGAUUGUCACUCACUUACGUAACCCACUUUUUGAGUUAUAACAAGAUAAUCCAGAAUAUUUGAAUAGCCCUGUACCUAACAAGGUGGAUGACUGAAUCUAGAUACUUCAAUAGGUAUAUGCUGUGAUUAUUACCAGAAAGUUAUGCAUAUCAAAGUGUAGGAUAAAUUAACUGAGGUGGAUUGUGAAGUAGAUCAUGCUGUAUCCAUGCUUUGAAAUACAUAGCUAUUACUUAGAUUUAGGUUUAUUGACCUGGAAUUUAUGGUUUGGCUUUAGGGUAGAACAAAUUACAGAAUAAUUUUAUGUAUACAUAUCUCCUCAUUUUUGAAAAGAAUAGAAGUGAAAAGAAAGUAGAGGAAACCUCUGUUAUAUGAAUAUAUGUUGUAUAAGCAAACUAAAGCAUAAAGAAUGUACACCAGACAAUAUUAUAGCGUUUAGGGAAGUGAGAUUUGGAAGGAUGGGGGGAUUAACUUCUUUACUUAUCUCUAAUUUAAAUUGUUAUGGAAAAAAACAGGAGGAACUGAAAUAGAAAACUUGAAAGGGUCAACAGAAAACAGUGACCUUAAUCUGAAUAGUUUUGGAGGGCUAAGGCUGGCUCUUAAUAUCAGAACUGAUUUCCAGCAGAAAUCAGUUAAAUCAGGUCCUGCACUGAUUUUCUGAGUUUGUUUAUUGUUUAAAUGGGAUGUGUGCACUUGAAAAGCUCCUUAGAUAUAAGGCUGAUUCCCAAACUAGUUAAAAUAUGUGGUGCUUGGUAUUUCUCUUCAUUUUGCUAAUAAGCUUUUCCCUUGUCCUGGGAAUUAAAAUCCUUUCCUCUUUAGCCCAAUUAAAUUUGUUAAGGGAGGGCCUCUAUUAAAAGGCCCUUCUUUGAGGUCUUUAAGUGGAAAUGAUUGGUUCUGAAAAUUCUUCCCUCAGUGGCUUUUAAAACAUUUCAUAGACACUGAAGGCUCAUUAUGAAGGUUCUCUCAAUAUCUUCCCUCCGAAAUGCUAAGGAAUAAUUUAGGCAACAGUUCAGACUCUAAAAAUGAAUAUGGCUCGGUCUUUUCACAGGCUGAACACAAUAUUGUUGCAGCUUACUUGAUUACAGCAGGUGUGAUAAGUAUUCUCAGCAACAUAAUAGUUUUGGGCAUCUUCGUUAAGUACAAGGAGCUUCGGACACCCACAAAUGCAAUUAUCAUUAACCUGGCUGUUACUGAUAUAGGGGUCAGUAGCAUUGGCUAUCCCAUGUCUGCUGCUUCAGAUCUGUAUGGAAGUUGGAAAUUUGGAUAUGCAGGAUGUCAGAUUUAUGCUGGCUUGAAUAUCUUUUUUGGAAUGGCAAGUAUUGGAUUGCUCACUGUUGUGGCCAUGGAUCGAUACCUGACCAUUUGCCGUCCUGAUGCAGGAAGAAGAAUGACCACAAACACUUACAUCAGCAUGAUUCUGGGGGCCUGGAUCAAUGGCCUCUUUUGGGCUUCAGUGCCUAUCAUUGGGUGGGCUGGUUACGCCCCAGAUCCUACUGGGGCCACCUGCACCAUAAACUGGCGGCAAAAUGAUGUAUCUUUUGUUUCUUACACCAUGAUGGUGGUUGCAAUCAAUUUUAUUGUGCCCUUGAUAGUGAUGUUUUACUGCUAUUACCAUGUCACUCGAUCCAUUAAAUGUCGUGCAACUAGUAACUGCACUGAGUACCUCAACAGAGAUUGGUCAGAUCAGGUAGACGUAACAAAGAUGUCUGUGAUAAUGAUACUCAUGUUUCUGCUGGCGUGGUCCCCUUAUUCCAUCGUGUGCUUAUGGGCUUCCUUUGGUGACCCAAAGAAGAUUCCUCCCUCCAUGGCCAUCAUAGCUCCACUGUUUGCAAAAUCUUCUACCUUCUACAAUCCCUGUAUUUAUGUGAUUGCUAAUAAAAAGUUUCGGAGGGCAAUGCUUGCCAUGUUCAAAUGUCAGACUCACCAAGCAAUGCCCAUGACAAGUAUUUUACCAAUGGAUGUACCUCAAAACCCGUUGACUUCUGGAAGACUCUGAAAUAAGAGGAAAGCACACAUUAUCAAAACAUUUUCUUUCCUUUUUUUUUUUUUGCAAUGGUUUAAUUUCAUUUUAAAUAUAAGCCCAUUUUUAUCAAAUGCAGACAUAGAGUAUUGUCCUAAUAGACUAAAACUUCCUCAAAUGUAGUUUAUAGUUAUUCUGUUUGUGCAUUGGCAAUUAUCAACAUACUAUUUAACAAAAAUAAUUGAAUGAAUAUUAAGCACUAUUACUUUUGAAUCACAUGUCAGUCAAUGCACAUACAUAUUUUAUAUAGCAGUAUAAUCUGCAUACUAUUAUAUACUCUGCAUUUUAGUUACCAUUUUUAUGUAUAUGUAUUUCCACAUAUUUGGCACUAGAAUUAAGUUUAAUCAGAGUGGGAGUUUUUAUAUGUUUGUUCUUUUUUUCCCUUUUUUUUAUUUUAUUAAUGAAAAAUUAAUCAAUAAU